AUAAAAAUCAUUCAACUUCAGUAUCAACUUCUUCUAAUUCAUUAGCUUCUAAUUAUACUUCGGUUUUAAAAAAGCAAUCUACAUUAUCGCAAUAUAUUGGUCGCCCACUUCAUGCUUCUGAAAUUCCCAAAUUCGAAUGUCUCAUACUUCGAGCAACUAUUUCAGUUGGAGUUGCAUUUCGAUGGAUUGAAAAUCCUGAAGUUAGGAAAUUAUUCCACUUUAUUUCUCCACAUUUAAAACUACCUGACCGAAAAUCACUUAGUAAUCGUAUACUAACAAGUGCAACUAAUGAACUAAUGGGUAUAGUAUUUAUUACAUCUUCGGGAGAAAUAUUAAUUUGGGGAGCGGAAGACAUUAGUAUUGAAAGACAAAGGCAAGAAGAAGUAAUUACCAGAAUCUAUACACUUUUUAACCAAGCAAAAGAGCUAGAUACUCUUGUUACCAAAGAUGACGCUGCUUCGGAUAAUGAUUUAAAACUUCCAGCUGAUAUCAAAGUUACUAUUAACCGUGAUUCUUUUUGGGAUUCUCUUACAACAUUGCAUAAGAUACUUCAUCCUUUUUGUGGAGCUCUUGAUCUUAUGCAACGUGAUAAAGCCUAUGAUAUAAAUGAAGAAAAUGAAGAAAUUACUUCAGAAAUUAGUUGGAAUAGUGCUAUCAACGAAUGGGAAGAAUUAUUGAUUGAUGAAGAGUUUGAAGAAGACCCAGACGAUCUUGAUAAUGCUGAUAUAGAUUUUCUUGAUUUAGAAAUCCAUCCUGCUGAAAAUCAAGCCACAAA